UUUACACAUACGCCAGGUGCAAUCUGUGUAAUGCUAAACUACAGGGCAAGAGUGAUUAUAACAGUCAUGUACAGGGCAAAAAACAUCAGAAAGAACUAGAGAAUAGAAAAGCAGCAGAGAAAGACAAAGCUGCAACAGAAUCUCAAGAAAUCAAAUCAGAGACAAUGGAAACCAUGGAAACAGAAAACAGUAAUACAGUCAAAACUGAGGUGACUGAAAAUGCUCUUCACUCAGAAACUCUCAGUAAACAGACUGAAAGUGAUAACAGUGAUAGUUUAGAUAAAAUGGAAAUGAAGAGGAAAAGGACUGAUAGUGAUGAAGCAGAAACAAAAGGGAAGGUGGAUGAAGAUAGUGUUGUAAAAAAUGAAGACCAAAAUCAAGUUGAGGCAGCUGGAGAUUCAGCUGCAGAUAAGCUGCCACCAGCAAAGAAAAUGAAGAUGGAAACACAAAAUGAAGAAAUUAAAGUGGUCAUGUAUGGUCACAGGGAAGAUCCUUUUCUCUUUUGCUCAAAAGAUGAUCCCAUCUGGCCAAAUAUCCAAACAUUUUAUGAUAUCUCUGAAGAUUUGGGUGUGGAACAGAUUAUGUACAGAAAUAUGAAACGUGUUCUGUAUUAUGUGUCGAAACCUGUACGUAACCUAGUCAUCUGUAACAGUGAGAGAGUCAAGUUUAUUAACCUGGGAGUGAAGUGUUUCAGUAAUGCUCCAUCUCCUCUUGUACCAGAUUGUGAUUUCAGACUCUCUCAGGAGGGAUUGUUAGCCAUUCAACAGCAUGUGAGAGGUAGACGUGUAACCUUGACCCGACAAGAUGUGAUCACAAUUUUGAGUCAGGAAAACCCGUUUAUUUGUAAACUUUGUCCAUCAGCUCAAGAAAAUGUAUAUGCUAUGGAUCCAGGAAGUGCUCUCUUCCAUUUCAAACCAAGUGAAAGUGAUCCAGAACCCAAUGUAGAGAUUGUGUUCUGUGGUUGGCGUGGGAAGACGUCUGUGAGAUCAUUUGUUGGGAAGGACGAGAGAUCUCACUACCUGCGUCUGUGCGGAGUGGAGUUGUCUGAUAUACAGUCAAAAGUACAGGAAAUGAAGUCGUCGAGGGAUACCAGUAUAUCUCUGUCCGGUACAGAAACUCCGGUUGGAGUGCCCUCAGGGGACGAAGCUGAACUAGAAAAGUGGAAUAAGGAAGAGGAAGCACCAAGAGGAACUGAGGCAGAUGAGGCAGAAGGGGGGAAUAGUAUCGAAGCUUUGAAUAUAGAGACUGUGGCUCCUGUAGAGUUAGAAUCUGAUAAUGAUAAAGAACAGAGUGAUGAAGGUCAGGCUGAUACAGAAAAUGAGACUAAUAAAGAUGUUGAUUGAAAUUAAUGAUGAAGAAACUUUAAUUGUAGAAAAUGAGACAGAGGCUCCAUGGGAGAAAGUGGCUGUUACUGAUAUGGAGAACAGUGUUUGACAGGUUGAAACAGUUAUUCACAUUUUUGUUUUGAAAAUCGAAGCAACUAUUUUAAAAAGUUGGCAUAUAAAAUGAAAUUAACGGCACAUGUUUUUUGCAGUUUAUACCAGCUUUAUACAAAUAGUAGGAUCACAGAGGAGUUUAUUGCUGUAAGGCUUUUGAAAUAAUGCACAAAAUCAAAUUCCACAAAUAUUUGAUACUGACUAAUGUUAGAUAUACGAUUUAAAUUCAACACAUUAUAAAGUUGUUCACCUUAAAUGUAGACAAGUAGCAUAUGAGAAUAUUAAAUACAGAUAAAUUGUUGGAUACAUAAAGAAUAUACGAAAUAGCAGUUCAGAAGACACAUGUUAAAAAUUACAACACCACCAGAUAAUACAGAGAAGAAAUGUGUUGGACAUGAAAAUAAAGAAAAUAGAAGUAAGUCUGUAGUUAAAAAAAAAACUCUCAGAGAAUUAAGCUGGGUAAACAGGGAAAAAUGUUUUUUAAGUGCAAAUAUUACUGCUGCCAGAAAGAUGGCAGUUUGUUGUUGAAUAUUUAGUAUUAUAUUCACCUGUUAUUAUAGAAAUAGAAAUAG